UUAAUUAAACAACCAAUGACAACACACCACAAUCACCCUUAUCAUUUAGUAGAUUAUAGACCAUGACCUUUAACAGGAGCUAUUGGAGUUUUAACUUUAGUAACAGGUAUGGUAAAAUGAUUUCAUAAUUUUAAUAUAAAUUUAUUAAUUCUAGGAUAUAUUAUUACAAUUCUAACAAUAUAUCAAUGAUGACGGGAUAUUUGUCGAGAAGGUACUAUACAAGGUAAACAUACAAUUUUAGUUUCAAAAGGACUUCGAUGAGGGAUAAUUUUAUUUAUUAUCUCAGAAGUUUUUUUUUUUAUUUCCUUUUUUUGAGCAUUUUUUCAUAGAAGUUUAUCCCCAAACAUUGAAAUUGGUAUAAUAUGACCACCUAUAAGAAUUAUACCUUUUAACCCAUUUCAAAUUCCUUUAUUAAAUACUAUUAUUUUAAUUACUUCAGGAAUUACAGUAACUUGAGCACAUCAUGCUUUAAUAGAAAAUAACUUUACCCAAACUACUCAAGGUCUUUUUAUUACGGUUAUAUUAGGUAUUUAUUUUACUAUUUUACAAGCUUAUGAAUAUAUUGAAGCACCUUUUACUAUUGCAGAUAGAGUUUAUGGAUCAACUUUUUUUAUGGCCACAGGAUUUCAUGGACUUCAUGUUAUAAUUGGGACAAUUUUUUUAUUUAUUUGUUUAAUACGACAUAUAAAUAAUCAUUUUUCAUGUAACCAUCAUUUUGGAUUUGAAGCUGCUGCCUGAUAUUGACAUUUUGUAGAUGUAGUAUGAUUAUUCCUUUACAUCUCUAUUUAUUGAUGAGGAAAUUAACUA